AUGAAACUGCACUUUCCAAAAAGCGGAGAGGAUACUCAGGUUUUCUGCCAGAACAUGCGAUCACUGCUGCUUUCUAUAGCAGGAUUUGUCGUCCUUUUCUUUCAUCACCCGGCGUUGUUUAACAUAAAUUCAUUUGCUUGCGGAGUAUGGUUCUACAUUGGAACUACUUGCUAUUCCCUUGGUAUUGGAUUCUUUGCUUUGGAGUCACUAAAUGUGCACGAAGUUGUGUACGGGCAUGCUAGAAAAAGUCAUUUUUGGGACAGAGAAAACAAAGCUCCUUACAAAGCACCUCCUAUCGUUAUCUACUCAGUCGCAGUCGGUAUAGUACUAGGGCUGUGUGUCGCAACGCCUACAAUAACAUAUACGAACAAAGUGGUAACCAGUUGGACUUGUACGGGACAUUUUUCCAAGGAAAACUUGAGUAUGUGGUUGGCAAUUGUUAUCUUCGACACAUGUGUUGCUCUCACUGCUACCUCCUUGGCUUAUGAAAGUUAUUUUACCUUAACAAACGUUCCCCAAUAUCGAUGCAAAACAACUUCAUAUUGGAAAGAAAGAGGACUCUACGCUAAAUCUUGCAUCGAGAAGUGCUAUCGGGAUGUGGCAUUCGUUGCCUUGGGCCCUUGGCUGCUUUUGAUAAUGUGGUUGACUCUAGCCAUAUCAUUCGACUGGGUAUCCGUCAGUUUUGUGAAUAUAACUACAUUGGUGGCUUCCUUACUCUACACUGCGAGUAAUUUUUUACAGUCAGCUUGCACAAACCCUGAUACAUAUAGUAAGUGCACACGAUUGGCGAUGAGACUACUCCCCCAAAAAAUUGUUCCUCAUUGUGAUCCCGUGACGAUGUGGAGCAGAAGCGAGGUGUUGGAUUUCAAGAAAUCCAAAGAGACUUUCAUUCCUUACUUGAUAAAAGAUCAGCUGCAAACUUAUUGA